AUGCAAUUGAUUAAAGAUUUGUGUGAUGUACUUACAACGUCCAAUAAACCGAUAAAGAUAAUUGGCAUUGUUCCACAGUCUGGAGAAGAGGACUUUAUCAUCCACGAGGAAGGGGAUACCUUAGAGAUAGGACUAACUAAACAAAUAUACUUUCGAAUAUUCAAGGAGUCACACGAGGUUUUUCACACUCACCAUGAGGAUCGACUACGUAUAGACAGUCUAUCCCAUUCCAAUAUGGAAGAGUUGUAUUACAUGACUUUGGGAUAUUUGAUCACCACAAAUGAGCAUUCAACAAUUAUUGCCCUUCAUGAAGAGCUCGUUGAAAGGCUAGGAAAUCAUGAGUAUGAUUUGGAAAUCGUAUCAUGCUUUUUGACAUGUCGAAUGAAACGUAUAAAUAAGAGUUCUAUGUUAUGGCACUUCGUAAAGAAAUUGACAAUGAUACGGUUGAGCAAAGAUUACGAUGUGUCGCAGUUUCUUUGUCGUGCACUUGUUAGUUGUGAGUUACAUUUUGCAAACUAUUAUGGAAACAAUUAUCUACAGUGGCUCAUCGUCUUGUGCAAGUCAAAGGAGGUUGAGUUGAACGAGUUCCAAAACAUGUUAAUCGACCUGUGUCGAAAGCACCUCCUGGAUAGCUCUCUUUGGGGGACACUCAAGGUGGCUUUCAACCCCGACAAAGUAUUAAUUGAAUAUGUUACACUGGUCUACUACAAUAGACUUACAGGUGAGUCCUUAUUGAAAAAGUUUCCCAGAGUUGAUUAUAAUGAUACAGUGGUCACCUUGUUUGAGUGGUUGUUGCGUCUGUACUGCCAGUACAAGACGCCAUUUCUCGUGUUGAUUGAGUCGACUAAUUCAUUGACCAUCUUGGAUGAGUUUGGAAAGAUGUUAAAUAAAAGUACAUUGAAGUCCACUACCGAUCUCAAAGACAAGCUUCUCAAACGAAAGCAGCAAAUCUUAUCAACACAAUAA